AUGAAGCGUGGCAUCGUCGAGAUGGCAGAUCUGGUUGUUAUAAACAAGGCCGAUGGCGAUCUGUUGCCCGCAGCUAGACGCAUCGCCAUGGAAUACUCCAGUGGUCUCCACUAUAUAACUCCUCGAAGGAAGAAGUGGCGUGCAAAGGUUCAUCAUACUCUUCGUUUCCUAUUUAUUUUUUCAAUCUUUUUUUCCUCUGGAUAG